AUGGGAAUAAAACAGACUCACAUCCAUGCAGCUCAGCAGAGCAGCUUCCUGCUGAGAGCAGCUCUGCUCUCGGUGCUGCUGUGCGGCCCGUGGCGUGCAGCGUCAGACUCGGACGAGGCGGUCCCGACCAAGUGGGAGAUCUGGAAGAACAGCCAUGGCAUCAAUCACGAAGAGAUGGACGACAUGGAGAGGAGGGCCAUCUGGGAGGAGAACAUGCGGAUGAUUGAAGACAAUAAUCAAGGGUUUUUUAUGGGGAUGAGGCCGUUCACUAUGGCCAUGAAUAAAUAUGGAGACCUGACCAGACAAGAGUACCGGGUUUUGCAAGGUGCCAUCAUAGACACCCAGUUUGUAAAGAGAGGGAGGACCGUCUCUGCCCGGAGGCUGCGUGACAAUGCCAGGAAGUUAGAUGCCUGGUUUGUCGACUACAGGAACCUGGGUUAUGUCACUGAGGUGAAAGACCAGGGUUACUGUGGCUCAUGCUGGGCCUUCAGCACUACAGGAGCUAUCGAGGGACAAAUAUACAAGAGGACAGGUCAGCUCGUGUCCUUGAGUGAGCAGAACUUGGUGGACUGCUCGAGGGCGUACGGUACCUACGGCUGCAGCGGAGCCUGGAUGGCCAACGCCUACGACUAUGUGGUGAACAACGGGCUGCAGUCGACAAGCACCUACCCUUACACAUCAGUGGACACCCAGCCCUGUUACUACGACAGCAGACUCGCAGCCGCUCAUAUCAAAGACUACAGGUUCAUACCCAAAGGGGAUGAGCAGGCUCUGGCUGACGCCGUGGCAACCAUUGGUCCAAUCACAGUAGCCAUUGAUGCAGAUCACUCAAGCUUUCUGUUCUACAGCUCAGGAAUAUACGAUGAGCCCAACUGUAACCCCAACAACCUGAGUCACGCGGUGCUGCUGGUUGGCUACGGCUCUGAAGGAGGCCAAGACUACUGGAUCAUCAAAAACAGUUGGGGAUCCAGUUGGGGCGAAGGCGGCUACAUGCGAAUGGUCCGGGAUGGCAGAAACACUUGUGGCAUUGCAAGCUACGCCCUGUACCCUAUCCUAUGA